CUCGUUUCGCGUACUCGUCCUUUCCCUGCUCUUCUCCCAUGUCUGAAUCGGAAGAAGUUGUGGCUCCGCCGGCGCCGCCGCCGCCGCCGCCUCCUCCACCAGAACAGGAUUCGCCGCCGCCUCUACAAAUAGAAGCGCCUCCCGAAGAGCCCGACCCCGACACCGCGUUUCGCCUCUGGCCCCCGACCCGGACCACGCGCGACGCGAUCGUCUCGCGCCUCGUGGAGACGCUGUCCGCUCCGUCGGCGCUCUCCGCUCGCUACGGCACCCUGCCCCGGGACGAGGCGGCGCCCGUCGCCCGCGCCAUCGAGCAGGAGGAGUACGCCGCCGCCGCCGCCGCCGCCUCCGCCGACGACGACGGUGCGGACGUCCUCCAGGCGUACGCCAGGGCUAUCGCCCGGCGCAUGCUGGAUUCCCUCCAGCCGCGCACCGCCCGCGACCGCGGCUCCUUCCCGCCGAAGACCCCCGAGGUGCUGGACGUCUCCCCUUCUUUCGAUUCCGGGGUCGAAAGGUCGUCGUCGUUUUGAGGAACUUUGCAGCAUGAUGGAUGGGCAAAGGAUUUUUAGGAUCUGCAACAUGUGUCGGGGUUGAGACUCGGAGCAUAGUUGAACAGAAGUAAACUACCCGGCCUACUAGACGCCAGACACCACCAUUUCAGUGUACCUUCUGCUUUAAAUCGAUAAGCUAUUGGCAGCUUUCUUAGCUAAGCGGACAGCCUAUUGUCGAGCCGCCAGUCAUCUUUCAUUCCCCUUCUGUGUUUUUUUUUGGUUGAAUCCACUUCUGUGUUGCUUUUUCUAGUUUCUACCAGAUAAUGUCUAGGCAUCAGAUGGUGAUAUCUUUUGGUUCUACAUCUAGUUACAAGAACUUGUUCGAUGUGAAUAGGCUCUGUUCAGUGUUCAAUGUUCAAUGAUUCAAACCCUUUUGCGUCCA